AUGUAAACUUACUAGCCGCCAUAUUUACUAUAUGCUAUCUGAUCAGAAAAUAUUCGAUCAUUAAUACUGAUAUUUGGAUGAGUUCUGUUAUAUUGAAGUAUAAAUUUAACAAAAUCAAUUUAUUAUGUAAUAAAUAACAAUGAAAUUUUCUAAAUCAAAGGAAAUUUAAGACGCCAAUCACGUAUUUAUUUCUCUCUCUCUUCGAAGGGAGCUUCUCUUGCGCAUGUAGAUAUAUAUGCUAAAGUAUAUGCGCAACUUAGCCUUUUCUUAGAAGAAACAUUUGAGUAUACGAUUGUGAUAACUUUAUUGACUUACUUUAGUCAAGGAUUUUAGGUAAUGAAUCAUUAGGUCACAUUAAGAUGGAGUUUAUAUCGUUGAUGAAUUUUAUGUUAAACAUUCGAUAUACAGUUGGGGCUAUAAAAUCAUAAAAUGGGUGCAAACAUAUCACAAUUAGAAAGAGAUAUCGGCUCUGAUCAGUUUCCACCAAAUGAACAUUAUUUUGGUUUAGUCAAUUUUGGUAAUACUUGUUACAGCAAUUCAGUAUUGCAAGCUCUAUAUUUCUGUAGGCCAUUUAGAGAGAAAGUAUUAGAAUACAAAGCUAGAAACAAGAGAACCAAGGAAACAUUAUUAACAUGUUUAGCUGAUUUGUUUCAUAAUAUUGCUACACAAAAGAAAAAAGUUGGUUCCAUUGCUCCUAAAAAGUUUAUUGCUAGAUUAAGGAAAGAAAAAGAGGAAUUUGAUAAUUAUAUGCAACAAGAUGCACACGAGUUUUUAAACUUUCUUAUUAAUCAUAUAAAUGAAAUUAUUCUGGGUAAGUACUUUAAUUAUAAGUUUCUUCUUUUUGUUUAUGUAAUAUGUUUGUUAUUUGUUAUUUUAGCAGAAAGAAGUCAAACCAAACAGACAGGUGGAAAAGGUGCAGGUGAUGCUGGGUCUCCACCAGAACCAACAUGGGUCCAUGAGAUAUUUCAAGGAAUAUUGACUUCGGAAACACGCUGCCUUAAUUGUGAGACUGUUUCUAGCAAAGAUGAGGAUUUUUUUGAUCUGCAAGUUGAUGUAGACCAAAACACCUCAAUAACAUACUGCCUGCGUUGUUUCUCUAAUACUGAAACUCUUUGUAGUGAUAAUAAAUUUAAAUGUGAUCAUUGUAGUAGCUAUCAGGAAGCUCAGAAACGAAUGAGAGUUAAGAAACUUCCAAUGAUCUUAGCAUUACAUUUAAAAAGAUUUAAAUACGUGGAACAAUAUAAUCGACACAUCAAAGUAUCUCACAGGGUAGUUUUUCCAUUGGAAUUGCGGCUUUUUAAUACUAGUGAUGAUGCUGUCAACCCUGAUCGCUUGUAUGAUUUAGUUGCAGUUGUGAUACAUUGCGGAAGUGGCCCUAACAGAGGUCAUUAUAUUUCUAUAGUAAAGAGUCAUGGAUUUUGGUUGCUUUUCGACGAUGACAUGGUUGAUAAAAUUGAUGCAUCAACUAUAGAGGAUUUCUAUGGGCUCACCUCAGAUAUACAGAAGAGUUCAGAAACUGGAUAUAUUUUGUUUUAUCAAUCGAGAGAUUGUAGUUAAAAACCAUUCAACAUAACAAAAGAAGUUAUGUUAAGUAUAGUCAUUAUCAUUUAAAAUUAAUGUAAUUCUCUAAAUUAAUUUCUACACAUUUUAACUGUACAGUUGAGAGAUUUUAUUUCUAAAAAUUAAUAUGUAUAUGAAUCUUUUUUCUUUUUUAUUAAAAAAAUGCCAAUGCUAAACUAUUAAUCUGGGAAUUGGUUUCCUACGUAAAAAAACAAUUGUUUAUUAUUUGUUAUAUGAAUGUUAUUAUACUAUGUUAUCUGAAAAGAAGUAUUAUCUAAUCUUAUAUAAGAUAUAAGUGAGAAUUAAAGAACUUUAUGACUAUAAAUA